CCGUCAUGCUGUGCCCGCACUGCCUUGUGGGAAUAUAGGAUUGGCCCAGGACCUCGCUGGUAGCCGCGGUACAUUGUGGGAAGACUGACAGAUGGCGGGGCCCGUAAGGCUGACUGUAUUAGGGGUGGCGAGGGGCUGGCGGCAGUUCGAGGGCCCCUGGACCCGUAGUCUGGGUUCUCGCAGCUUGGCCCUUGCGGCCGCACCCUCGAGCAGCGCGUCUCCAUGGCGCUUGCUGGGCGCGUUGUGCCUGCAGCGGCCACCACUGGUCUCGAAGCCGCUGACCCCAUUGCAGGAAGAGAUGGAGGCUCUGCUACAGCAGAUCGAGAUAGAGAGAAGCCUGUAUUCAGACCAUGAGCUUCGUGCUUUGGAUGAAGCCCAGAAACUGGCAAAGAAGAAAAGUGACCUUUAUGGUGAAGAAGAUGAGCAGAAUAUAUUGCUGUUGCAGGAUUUGGAAGACAUGUGGGAGCAGAAGUUCCUACAGUUCAAACCUGGAGCUCGAAUAACAGAAGCCGAUGUAAAGAAUGACCGAACCUCACUGCACCGGAAGCUAGACAGGAACCUCAUUCUGUUGGUCAGAGAGAAGCUUGGAGACCAGGACGUUUGGAUGCUGCCCCAGGCAGAGUGGCAGCCCGGGGAGACCCUCCGCCGAACAGCUGAACGAACCCUGGCCACACUCUCAGAGAACAACAUGGAAGCCAAGUUCCUGGGAAAUGCACCCUGUGGCCACUACAAGUUCAAGUUCCCCCAGGCAAUGCGGACAGAGAGCAGCCUCGGGGCCAAAAUAUUCUUCUUCAAAGCACUGCUGCUAACUGGAGACUUUUUCGAGGCUGGGAAGAAGGGCCAUCAUGUGUGGGUCAGUAAGGAGGAGCUGGGUGACUAUUUGAAACCAAAAUACCUGGCCCAGGUUAGGAGGUUUCUCUUGGACCUCUGAUGGACAAUGCCCAGACAGGUCUGCAAUCGGGCCUCAGGACGUUGGGUUGCCUCUUCUCUGUAGGGAAUAUCAAGCAGCAAACUAAAUUCUGAGAAAUAAACAAGUUUAUCAUUG